GCGGCUCUUAAGUGUAAUCGACGCCGCUUAGAAAAAGCAUUAGUCGGGUUCGUGCGGUGCAUACGGGAGGACAAGCGGCAGCGAUCGCACCUCGUCGCAAUCAUGAUUGGGCCGGUGAGGAAAAAGACCUGUCUUAUCGGAGGAAGUGUGAUCGUGGUACUUGCUCUGAUAGUUAUCAUCAGCCUCGUGGUUGUUCUGAAACCUGGAUCAGAUCUCCGACGGGACAACAGAUACGUCAGUGAUUCCCCCCUCGGCGUUUACAAGAAGGCGGCGGUAUCAUCACACGGACCGGAAUGCGCGCAAAUCGGUACGGACAUGCUGAAGCGCGGCGGCUCGGCAGUGGACGGGGCUAUCGCGACACUCCUCUGCGAAGGCAUCUCUUCUCUACACAGCAUGGGCCUUGGAGGAGGAUUUUUCAUGACGAUAUACGAUGCCGAAACCGGUAGGGCAAAUUUCUUGGACGCCAGAGAAACUGCUCCCGCGGCAGCUCACAAGGACAUGUUUAACGGAAAUUCCAGCCUGUCCCUCUACGGAGGUAAAGCCGUCGCGGUGCCGGGCGAAUUGCUGGGCUACUGGGAAGCUCACCAGAAGUACGGAAAGCUCAACUGGACGGAUCUGUUUGAACCGUCCAUAGCACUCGCCGAAAAGGGCUGCCUCGUUAACCGAUACCUAGAAAACAGCCUCAAGGGAAAGGAGGCCUUCAUCAGGAACGAGCCUACUCUAGCCGAAAUACUGAUCAACAAGGAAACGGGCGAGCUCUACACUACGGGGGAGAGAAUAAAAAGGCCGAAACUGGCGCAGACCCUGAGGAAAUUGGCCAACAGCUCGGCGCCUCACGACUUGUUCUACAGAGGGGAGAUUGCGAGGGAUCUGGUCGCCGAGCUCGAAAGCUUCGAUGCGAUCAUUACCGCCGAAGACUUCGAAAACUACGCGCUUUGCAGUGUCAAGUGGAAAAAGCCGCUGGAGUCGAGAGUCGGCAACAUGACGAUGUACACGGCGCCGCCGCCCGGCUCCGGCGCACUGCUCACCUUCAUGAUGAACGUGCUCGAGGACUUGGUCCCGGCCAACGACACGAGAGUCACGUGGCAGCGCAUCAUCGAGACUUUCAAGUGGGCUUACGCCAAGAGGACCGAGCUUGGGGAUCCCGACAAGGAGGACGUAGAGGCUAUCGUUGCAAACCUCACGUCGAAAGAUUACGCCAACGCCAUAAGGUCCUUGAUCGAAGACACCAAAACGCAUAACGAUCCGAAAUAUUACGGCGCUGUGACCACGAAUCAACGGGAGCACGGAACGUCGCACACGUGCGUAUUGGCUCCGGAUGGUUCCGCCGUAUCGGUUACCUCGACUAUCAACCAAGUUUUGGGCGCCAAGAUACGCUCAUCCUCGACCGGAAUAAUAUUCAACGACGAAAUGGACGACUUCAGCUCUCCCAAUAUUACGAACGGCUUCGAUCUGCCGCCUUCUCCCGCGAAUUUCAUCAAACCAGGGAAAAGGCCGCUGAGUUCUAUGUCCCCUACGAUAGUGUUGGACGCGAACAGGAGGGUAAGGUUGGUAGUCGGCGCUGCCGGUGGAAGUAAAAUAACGACGGCUGUAGCUGCUAUCAUGAUUUUUAAUCUAUGGAACGAUUACGAUAUCAAGGAGGCAAUCGACGCCUAUAGGAUUCACCAUCAACUAUUCCCAAUGCAAGUGCAAAUCGAGCAUGAUUUCCCUCCUUACGUGCUACAUUACUUAAGGGAGAUUGGACACAGCAUCACUACCUAUGCAGGUAUUGGAAGCGCAGUCACUGCUAUAUCGGAUAACAAUGGUCGAAUAACUGCGAAUUCCGAUUUUCGGCGUCAAGGAGCAACAGCUGGAUUUUGAAUAAUGUAUUGCACGUAGAUAUUGAAAAUAUCUAUAUCAAACACAAUGAACCUCCUCGAUCUCGUCGAAUGAAAGGAUCGAUUAACGUCAGCAUACCUCAAGAUGGGCUUUACAGAUGCUCGAGUGGAAUGUGAAUUAAUUGUUUUUUUAAUCUUUCUUCUUACGUUUGCGCAAGUUAUUAUUGUUUCAAUAUUAUAGUACAAUAAGUUUGAGAAAUUAUCGAGUCCCUUUAAAUUUUGCAAAAUGGCAAAAUCGAUCGAAUGAAAAUGCAACUCAAUUUAUUCCCAUCGACGAUUGUUGCGAACUUUACAAAAAGAGAUCAGCUUAUUUAUCAAGGAAUAAUAUCGCGAACCAAAAAUGUUAUUCACCAUUAGAAACAAAAGCGAGUCUACUUUCAGACUGUGUAACUUCUCCAUACCGAGUACGUGACGCGUGUCAGUAUUGCAUUAACUGUUAACUGAAUGUCGAAUAGUUAUUAUAAGUUAUAAUUUCUCUUUUAUGUUUGUAUAUAAUAUAAAAAAUCCAUGCAUUUUA